AGCUGGCACGCCCCUCGCCAGCACGCUGCGCGGUGACGUCAAUCGGCUGCCCCUGUGCCUUCGCCGAGGAGACCCCGCAGUGAGCUGCCAACGCCCGGCGGAGCGUCCGAGGUUCUCUUUGGAGUUGAUACUCUAGUAGAUUUCAACAAUGCAGACGAUCAAGUGUGUAGUAGUGGGUGAUGGUGCUGUUGGUAAAACCUGUCUCUUAAUUUCUUAUACAACAAAUAAAUUCCCAUCGGAAUACGUACCAACGGUUUUCGAUAACUAUGCUGUAACAGUGAUGAUUGGAGGAGAGCCUUACACCCUUGGCCUCUUCGAUACUGCAGGUCAGGAAGACUACGAUAGAUUACGACCCCUCAGCUAUCCACAGACAGAUGUAUUUCUGGUCUGUUUCUCAGUGGUCUCUCCUUCUUCAUUUGAAAAUGUGAAAGAAAAGUGGGUACCUGAAAUUACUCACCACUGUCCAAAGACUCCUUUUCUGCUUGUCGGGACCCAGAUUGAUUUAAGAGAUGAUCCCUCAACAAUUGAGAAACUUGCCAAGAACAAGCAGAAGCCCAUAACUCCAGAGACUGCUGAAAAGCUGGCCCGGGACCUGAAGGCUGUAAAAUACGUGGAAUGCUCUGCACUUACGCAGAAAGGCCUAAAGAAUGUAUUUGAUGAAGCGAUAUUGGCUGCCCUGGAGCCCCCGGAGCCGAAGAAGACUCGCAGGUGUGUGCUGCUAUGAACGUCCCUCCACAGCCCCUUCUGCAAAGCUGGUGUUUGAUGUCAUACUAAAAGCAAUGUUAAAAUCAAACUAAAGAUAAAAUUUUAAAAUUUGUUUUUGCAAUAAUGACAAAUGCCCUGCACUCCCAUCUCCCCCACAUGAUCCCUGUGUGAGAUGAGAAUGUUAGUGUUUAUUCCCCAGUGCCCCCUCAAUUCACUUAAACUAGUUAAUUUUGAGUAAUUAUGUAUUAUCAGAAGACACUGAUCAUUACUAGUUUUUUUUUAUUUUGUUUAUUGUUUCUAAUUUUUUUUUGUUUAACAUCAAGGCAUGCUCAAUGACUUUUUCUAUAACAGACUAAUUUUAGGCUGUUUAACUGAAGUCUUGCCCCUUACACUGGUGCAGCAAGACUUGGUUCUGGUUUCUAGACCUUGCAGGGCUGUUCUGCAGCCAGCCAGCAGCCUGGGUAUGAGGAGACUUUAGUCAGGAAAGCAAAAUGUCCCAAGCUGGUGCUCCUCUAAGAAGGAUUGUAGAAAAUACAUCUUCUCUGAAGUUGCCUUUUAUCUUUUUGCCCUGGCUUUUUAACUGUGCAGGUAAUAAAUUUAUACCCCAUCCUCUAAGUUACGAAGCCUUAGGAACGAGAGAAUGAUUUUCUCUGGAUGCACCAUCAGACUUGAGACUAACUUGCUGGUCUCUUCCUUAAUCUUUGCCAUCACAUUCUUUUGGCUCGUGCUGAAGAAAUAACUGCCCCUUUGGAAGUACGCCUAGCUGGGUCAGUUGGCUUUUAUUGAAUCUACCUUCUGGCAAUCCUUAAUUAUUAGAGAAAUGCUUACAAUGACCAGCACAUACAUGGCUGCUUGGAUACCCUAAAGGGACCUGGGAUGUGCUACAAUGGGUUUUGGAGCAGGCUCUGAUGGUGCAUCUCUUGCUGGAUGGCUUGGCAUCCUUCGGGGAGAGGUGGAAAGAUAGACCUGUGUCAGUUGAAAAGAAGUGCAGGGAGGGGCUUCUGGUGUUUGGUGUGACACCAUAUUGGGACCAGUUGAGGGAACCCCUUUUUCUGCAUUUUGCUCAUGAGUAACCUUGAACCUGUAAGAGGGGCUCCAACCCCUGAGGAUCAUGUGCAGUGUCUCUACAUAGACCAUCUGGAGUAUCAUAAGGAUUUUACCAAAAAUAUAUUUUGGUUUGCAAAUUCAAAAAAAUUUAAGACUUAGGGAAUCUUCUCCAUCUUCCACAAUUUAAAUUUCUUGUAGACUCAUUAGUGUUGAACCAAUGCUUUUUCAUGUCUAAGUUCUUUGUAUAUGCAUUCUUUUCAGAUGUAUUAAAGUAUCUUCACAAGCCUG